AUGGGAGAGGAGGAUGCCAUCCUCUACCUGCUGCAGCAGGCACUCACCCACCUGGAGACCAUCAGGAGCGCAGUGAGAGUCGUGUUCUUUGACUUUUCCAGCGCUUUCAGCACCAUCAGAGCAGAGCUGCUGAGGGGGAAGCUGGAGGACGCUGGAGUGGACAAACAUCUGGCUGCCAGGACCAUCAACUACCUCACUGACCGCCCUCAGUACAUGCUGCUGCACGGCUCCUCAGACUUCACCUCCAACACGGACAGCUGCCAUCUGCAGACGUUCUCCGAUAACUCGGCCAUAUUCUCCAGCGACCAGAAACCAGAGGUUUUCCUGCAGGAGGAGGUGAGAUCAAAGCUUUGUCUCUCUGAGGGUCACUGGCCCCCAGUUAACCAGAGGGACUGGGGGCCAGUUGAAGGUUCCUCUCAGCCUGAUGUCCCAUCAGGGCUCGGAACCAACUGGACCAUCUACAGGAGAACUAUAAGUGGUUCUGAUCUAAAACUGGGUCAGACUCGGCUCCGAGGUUCUGCAUCCUGCUGCGGUUCUGUUCAGGUCCGAGUCGGCUCCGAGGUUCUGGUUCAGGCUGCGGUUCUGUUCAGGCCCGACUCGGCUCUGAGGUCCUGCAUCCUGCUGCGGUUCUGUUCAGUCUCUACCGUGUCCUCUGUCUCUACCGUGUCCUCUGGUCUGUCUCUACCGUGUCCUCUGGUCUGUCUCUACCGUGUCCUCUGGUUUGUCUCUACCAUGUCCUCUGCCUCUACCGUGUCCUCUGGUCUGUCUCCACCGUGUCCUCUGGUCUGUCUCUACCGUGUCCUCUGGUCUGUCUCCACCGUGUCCUCUGGUCUGUCUCUACCGUGUCCUCUGCCUCUACCGUGUCCUCUGGUCAGUCUCUACCGUGUCCUCUGGUCAGUCUCUACCGUGUCCUCUGUCUCUACCUUGUCCUCUGGUUUGUCUCUACCGUGUCCUCUGGUCUCUUUGCAGUGCUCUCCUGGCAUCAUGGAGCUCCUGAAUGUUGCUAAAUCCAGUGUCCCUCCCUCCAUGUGGACCAGAACCCCUGUGGUUCUGAAAGCGACAGCCGGUCUGAGGCUGCUGCCUGGAGAAAAGGCCAACCAGCUGCUGGACCAGGUGAGGGCGCUGUUCCAGGAGUCUCCCUUCCUGUCUGCAGAGGACAGCGUGUCCAUCAUGGACGGAACCGAUGAAGGGAUCUCUGCCUGGAUCACCAUCAACUUCCUGACAGGUGGUCUUCGCGGGUCAGAACCACCCAGCGUGGGGAUAUUGGACCUGGGCGGCGGCUCGACCCAGAUCACCUUCAGUCCUCGAGACGAAAAAACCAUCCAGAUGUCCCUGGUUGAUGACAUCAGAACCUUCAGGAUGUUCAACAGAACGCACACCGUCUACACACACAGCUAUCUGGGUCUGGGUCUGAUGUCGGCUCGCCUGGCCGUGCUGCGCGGCGCCGACGCUCCGCCCCCCGUAGGGGGCAGCACUGAGCUGGUCAGCCCCUGCCUCCCCCCGGGGUUUUCUGGUCGCUGGGAGCACGCCAACGCCGUCUACGCCCUGAAGGGUCAGAAGCCAGGGGAGCCGGUUUAUGAGGCGUGCCGGAACAAGGUGCAGAAAGUUCUGUACAGGAAGCUGAGCAGAACGUCUGAGGCGCCAGACGUGGACUUCUACGCCUUCUCCUACUACUACGAACGCGCCGCUGACCUCGGGGUCAUCGGUGAGAAGGAGGGAGGAACCAUCAGAGUGUCUGACUACAUGCAGGCUGCUGAAAAAGAGUGCGGCGCUCCAGCGGAGCCGCAGAAGAGCCCUUUCCUCUGUCUGGACCUGGUCUACAUCUCCGUCCUGCUGCAGGAGCUCGGCUUCCCGCCUCACAAGCAGCUCAGGCUGGCCCGGACCAUCGGCCGGGUGGAGACCAGCUGGGCCCUGGGGGCCACCUUCCAACAUCUGGAGGCCUUGGGGAGACAAUGAACCAGAACCACUGGAUAGUUCUGCAUCAGAACGGGCCCAGGUUCUGGAAGCAGCCUCUUCCCUUCACCUGAGCAGGAACCAGAUGCUCCUGUGACAUCACUUCCUGUUUUUGCAGAGCUCUGAAAGGUCCGGGUCGGUUCUUAUGGACCACUGGGAGGUUCUGGAUCUCUGGAGUCCAGAGGAACUCCACUACUCUGAACCAAAGGAUCCAGAUCAGGAGUUCUGUCCAGCUCUACGUUCUCCAGCUGCUCCUGGAGGAUCCAGAGGUUCUCCUGGUCAGAACCAGCAGAACCGUCCUUUGGUUCCUUUUCUUCUUCUCUGGAUGUAGAAACAUUUUUCUGUGGUGAUGGUGAUGAUGGCAGCUGCAGGAGAUGGUGGAGAACGUCCGUCCCUGCAGCUGGUGGGACGGGUCUCCUUUAGAAGAACAUGGAUCAGACGCGGUGAUGAAGAUCACUGCAGCCUUCAGGAACUGAGGGAACAUCCAUGUCCUCCUCCAUCCACCCUGAUCUCCUGCAUCAUCACCUGCUCCUAACAAGCGGCGCUCGCUGGUUGGUGUUCCGCUCUGGGACCUCCCUCUGAGGACGGCCUGUUGUCCCGCUGUGGAAGGUUCUCUCAGGUCCCCUCAGGUUCCCUCCGUCCUCCAGGGUCACAUGACGCCUUUGGACUCCUCAGAACUGCAUUGGUGGAUCUGGAGACGAAGGCCUGCGUCCUGAUUGGCUGAAAGCCGCACCAUGAGUCCUUCCCAGAUUUAAAAUGUUUUGGUUUUAGACGUUCUAUAAAUCCCUGAUUCCAAUGUUUGAUUUUUGUACACUUCAUCUGUUAAUAAAGAUUUAGCAUCUUUUUAUUCAAGCUGUGUAAUUCUGAGCAGCCUGAUGAUGUCAGACGUUAUUUUGGGAUUAAAAUGAAUUAAAAAGAA